AUGCAGUGCAUAGAGGAUAUCAGCGAAGAGGUCUGGCAAGACUGCAUCACCCUUUUCCUACAGACUGGGAUGUGCUGUGAUGCAGCGAUUAUCACCAAUUCCCCACCCUGGUUGUUAGCUUCUUAUCCUGAAGGUAACUUCUUCCAGUUGACCCAGGAAGAAAUUCAGAUCUUGCUGGCAAGAGAAGAAAGAGAGAAGUUAUUUCUGCAGGGAAUUACCCUUGCAGGAACAAAAUGCUUGUUGAUUCGGGACAACCUGUACACUGAAGGCAACAACACCAUGGACCUCCGCACCAAAGGCCAGAGUCGGGGCAGCCAGGCAGUGACAGUAGUUCAGAUUGAGUCUGUAUACCUUGUGGUGAUGGGACAAAAAGGAACAGAAGGAGGGCCUCUCAACCUCAAGGCUUUUCAGAUGGGAGGUUACAUUAGAGAGGCCAUUCAUCAACAUAUGGCCCGUUUCUAA